AGAAGCUAGGUUGAUGUUCAACCAACCCUUUCCCUUCACAGUCCACGACACUCUGCCACGAUGCACAUUGCAUACAUCGUCCGUGGUGUUUUUCCCCAAACGUCAGUCAGGCACAAACAACAACCAACGAAAAAUGCACGGGGGAAAAAGCUGUUAUAUAAUCCGAGUGCUGCGGUGCAUAACAUAAAUCCAAUGGAGGGCAUAGUAUUGUAGGUUUAGUGCUAUAACGCCCGGACAAAGGCGAAAACUUUGGCCGACGUGUCUGUGUACAUACCACGGGCGGACGGACGCGGAGAACGACGCGCUGCAGGAGCAACCGGUUCGCGAUGCGAUGCAAGGCGGAUGGAUGCUUACCUCUCAACAGGAGCAGCAGCAGCGAGCCAGCCGGAUUCGACGAGUUGCUUGCUGUAUGCGUGUGUGUUUUCUUUUUGCUUGUUUAUUAUAACUCUCAGUCAGCUUCCAUCUGCACUCCUUAUUUUUCUUCUUCAGUCGCGUCUCGAUCUCUUAUCAUGCUUCCAUCGUCUCAUCUCAUCACCGUGCAUCCCGUCCAUUGAUCCAUCAAUCCAAAUCAGAAUCGGAUUUUUGUCAUUGGCGUAUCAUCUAUUCGUCUUUUUGUGCACGCACGCCCUGGUUCCGCCUACCUUCCUACCUGUGGUUGUUUCCAGGCUCCAUCGUCCUGCGACGCACCCGGCGAACGGGGCGCCCGUUGCCAAUCGUCAGCAAGACGACAGCCGGCGGCCCCCCUCCUUUUUUUCUGCCUUUAGGACUGCCCACUGCCGAGGGGCCGCUUCCCUCUUGUUUCUCACCCCUUAGAGGGUGCGUUCCCUUACUGGCUGGACGGCUGGCUGAGCUCGCUUCCUUGUGUGGCAGUGGCGAAUUCAUCCAGUCUCUUUGGCUGCACGCAGCUGUUCGCCGUCGCCAACCAGGAGGAG